CAUUGACCACUUUUGCUUUUGUUUCUCAUUGUCAGGUCACGCUGACAGCUAGUGCCGAUCACUAUGGCAUUUAUAACAUCGCUCGACUCCCUUUGGGCGGCUUCGAGCCUCCAAUUCGACAACGCCUUCCAAUUCAUAAAAUCCCUCGCCGGCAACCAUACCGACAUUCCGAAGACAACCGAGACAAUACUAGAAAGCCAGAUUGGCUGGUCCAAUCCUCCAGACCCGUCCAACAUGCCAUUCAAUAUCGAUUUUCAGAUGAUUUUUUCGUUGUUCUACUUCCUCAUCAUCUUCCUUAUACCUGUCUUCCUCACCAACUAUCUCCUCCCUGCCACGAGCCACCCCAGACGCGAUCGCUUCCUGUUCGGAUGGCACCUAUUCGAUGCCCUCGUCCACUUCGGCAUGGAAGGGCUCUUCCUCUUCCACUGCUUCUUCAGCUACGCCCCUAUCUCCCCCAGCGAAAGCCGCGACCCCGUCUUCCUCGGUGACAAAGACCACGUUUACGGCGCCACAUACUCCAACUCACCAACCGCCAAACUGUGGCAUGAGUACGCUCAAGCAGACCACCGCUGGGGUGGUGCCGACCCCACCAUCAUCUCUAUCGAGCUGAUCACUGUGAUCUUCGGCGGUAUCACCGCCUCCUUGAUCAGCUAUUGGGUCUACCAGGCGUCCUGCCGGCAGCCGAGGGAGAAGGAAGCGAUCAAGGGAAAGAUGUGGUUCAUGAUGAUUGUGCUAGCGACGGCUGAGAUAUACGGAGGCUUCAUGACCUUCCUGCCGGAGAUGCUGACUGGUAAUACGGCGUUGGCCACUGAUAGUUUCCUGUAUUUCGUGCUGUAUAUUGUUAUCUUCAACGGCCUCUGGGUCGUUGUCCCUGGCUGGAUUCUGUGGGAGGCGUGGAAGGAGUUUACGGGGUCCUUCAGUGUCAUUAAGAAACAGCGGGACAACAGCUCCCCCAGGCACAAGCUUGGAAGGUGACUAGAUGAACAGAAUGUUCGGACGGAUGAUAUGUCAACACGCAGGCAGCCCCAUUACAUGUGAGAACAUGCUGUCGGGCUGCACGGAGGAUUAUGAUACCCUGUUUCUUUGCAUGACAUGACCUAACGGGGAUGCAUAAGCGCUUAUUCUUUUUCUGGCAUACUAUUCCGCUAUAUAUUUUUGGAUACGAUUAUCGAUACGUAUCAGCUCGUGACUAAUGUUGAUUGCAUAUAUCAGUACAUCAAACGUUCCAUAUCUGAUCUGAUCUCAUCUCAUCUCAUCUUAUCUUGGUGACACAACCACCUGGUAACCCCACAAACAGUGAAUUAUAA